CGAAGAAUGGCAUUAACUGAAGUCUGAGACGCGAUGCUGCAACCACUAAACGCGAUACUGUGGCUGAACCCAAAGCCACAUAUCAGCUGUCAGCAUCCCUGUUGGUCAUCACGACACUCGCCAUAUAACAACGUUUACGAAAUAGCCUUUACCAAAGAAACAGCUCUCAUUUUGGCCUCGUUGGCAUUUUUAAUCAGUCAAUCCAAUCAUCCCGACUUGCGCGACUUCAAAGAUAGCGGUUGAGCGACAAUGGUCGCCUUGCCUGAACCAUGAACGUGCGACAAUCAUCCUUCAGCUUGGCACCUCCUGGACCUGGACUUGAAAGACGUCCUUCGGUGGUAUCGCGUUUAUCCUCCGUCUUUUCGAAUGCAGAUCAAGAAGCAGGGAGUGCAGCACGGACAGGGGCUGGACUUAUCGAGGAGGAGAUUGCCGAGAUUAAGAGAUAUGAAGACUUUACAACAAUAGGUAUGCGACUCGAUCGACUACAAUACGGACUUCGACACUGAUAUACGGUAGACUGGGUGCAAGAUGCGGCGCGAGAACAAGCUAAGCGUAAGGCGCGAAGAAAGCAAGCGGCCGGCCUCUACGAUAAAGGACAACCCGGCUGGCGAUAUCAGCUGUGGAGGAGUUAUGAUGCAGCGCAAGCCUGGAUCGUGGUAACAAUCAUUGGUAUUGCUAUUGGCUUGAAUGCAGCGCUACUCAAUAUCAUUACAGAAUGGCUCUCCGACGUCAAGAUGGGCUACUGCGAGACAGGCUUCUAUUUGAAUGAGAACUUUUGCUGCUGGGGAGAAGAGAAUGGCUGCGAUCAGUGGCACAGAUGGACUGGCUUCGAACCCCUGAACUAUUUUAUCUAUUUUGUCUUUGCAACUCUAUUUGCUUGUGUUGCGGGCACCUUGGUCAAGUCUUUUGCACCAUAUGCUGCCGGUUCAGGUAUUUCUGAGAUCAAGUGCAUCAUUGCCGGGUUCGUUAUGAAAGGCUUUCUUGGAUGGUGGACUUUGAUCAUCAAAUCAGUAUGUCUCCCUCUGGCUAUCGCCUCUGGCUUGUCGGUUGGAAAGGAAGGCCCAAGUGUACACUACGCCGUGUGUACGGGAAAUGUGAUCUCUCGGCUCUUCGACAAAUACAAACGCAACGCUUCUAAGACUAGGGAGUUCCUGAGCGCCUCGGCAGCUGCCGGUGUCGCUGUCGCCUUUGGCAGUCCUAUCGGCGGUGUGCUUUUCUCUCUUGAGGAAAUGUCGAACCAGUUUCCUCUCAAGACAUUGUGGCGAAGCUAUUUCUGUGCCCUUGUCGCGACAGCUGUUCUCGCCGCUAUGAAUCCUUUUCGAACGGGGCAACUGGUCAUGUUCCAGGUUGAGUAUAAGAAUGACUGGCACUUCUUCGAGCUGCUGUUCUACGUCUUGAUUGGUAUUUUCGGAGGUCUCUACGGAGCCUUUGUGAUUAAGUGGAAUCUGCGGGUUCAGUCAUUCAGAAAGAAGUACUUGAAAGAGUAUGCAGUUCUCGAAGCGACUUUACUGGCAGCGGGAACUGCUAUUAUUGCCUACCCCAACGCCUUCUUGAGGAUUGACAUGACAGAGAGUAUGGAGAUUCUCUUCUCGGAGUGCGGACGUGGAGAAUCGUACCACGGUCUCUGCGAGCCUGACAAGAGAUGGUGGAACAUAAUUUCACUGUUCCUGGCGACCUUCCUAAGGCUUUUCCUCGUUAUACUAUCCUAUGGAUGCAAGGUUCCCGCUGGUAUCUUCGUUCCUUCAAUGGCGAUUGGAGCAUCGUUCGGAAGAACAAUCGGAAUUCUUGUUCAAGCUAUUCACGAAGCCAAUCCCACCAGCGUCUUCUUUUCCGCAUGCAAGCCUGACGAGCCUUGCAUCACACCAGGGACAUAUGCCCUGCUAGGGGCCGCUGCGGCACUCAGUGGCAUCAUGCACAUCACCAUAUCCGUGGUGGUCAUCAUGUUUGAGCUCACAGGUGCUCUGAACUACAUUCUGCCCACCAUGAUCGUCGUUGGAGUCACCAAAGCUGUCAGCGAAUUAUUUGGCAAGGGAGGCAUUGCAGAUAGAAUGAUAUGGUUUAGCGGAAUGCCGUUCCUUGACAGUAAAGAGGAGCACAAUUUCGGGGUUCCUGUGUCGGCUGUCAUGAGAACUUCCGUUGUCUCGAUGCCCGCUCAUGGACUUACCUUGGGCGAAGUCCAGAGCCUCCUUGCUGAUGAUCGGUAUCAAGGCUUCCCUGUGGUGGAAGACAAACACACCAAGGUGCUUGUUGGUUAUAUUGGCAGUACGGAGUUGCGAUAUGCCAUUGAUAAGAUGAGUCGAACCUCACCAUUAUCAGAGACUGCAAAAUGCACAUUUGCACCGUCGUCGGCGAAUCUGUCAAGUACAUCGCUUAACAACAUCCAUGGCGACUCAUCACACUCUUCAACUCUCGACUUUAGCCGAUAUGUUGAUGCAACACCCGUCACAGCUCACCCGAGACUACCCCUCGAGACUGUCAUGGAGUUGUUUCAAAAGAUCGGACCUCGAGUUAUAUUGAUUGAAUAUCAUGGCAAGCUCACUGGUCUCGUAACCGUCAAAGACUGCCUGAAAUACCAAUUCAAGGUCGAAGCCGCCGAGAACCCCAAGGAUGAUCAUCGUAUCGAAGAGGGGCAAGAGCAACUUUGGGCCCUUUUCCAAAGAGCCGGUAACUGGUUCUCUGGCCGAGUCUCAAGAUACUCAGGAGGCCGGAUUCGCUUGACAAGCACUUCUGGUGGUGAGCGGCCACUGGGGAGAGGGCAAAUAUUGAACGGCGACGAGGAGGUGCUCGAUGAAGGUGUUGAGCUGGAGAGUCGGCGGUAAUUGUAUGAACAUGUUGAUUGUUACCUUUUAUUAUCUGUUACUAUAGAAACGUGCAUGAUACGCUGGUGUUCGGGAUUGAAUCUAUUUUUUAUUUUUUUUUCAACUUAUGCUAAAUGUCUCAAUUCUAUCAAAGAUCCAACAGCAGGUCUCUCUUGGCAUCCUGCACCACGACUGUGUGACUAGCCAGCCUGUCUAUCGUGUUCUCUCAUCCGACUCUCUGCCCAAAUCAAUAACAUCCUCGUCGUCAUCCCGCUGUGCUCCAUCAUCUUCAGUCGGCAAAGGAACAUAACUCGGCCCUUCAGCAGCGGCCGCGGCACCAGCAUCUUUGGUCUCAUCCUUCCGUCCCACGAUGACAUUGCCUGCGACAAGAAGCGCAGCACCAGCCCACCACAGAGGAGGAAGAACUUCUGAGAAGAUCAAGGCGCCUAGGACAGCGGUAACCAUGAAGUUCGUGGAUGUGUUCAUGAUGGAGACUUGAGUUGUGGAUGUACCACGGGCAAGAGCCUGAGUAAACAGCGUCCACAUCUGAAGCAUAUAAGUGAGUGAUCGGAGGUUCGACUGGAAGUCACUUACAACGCCAUUGAAUGUUAAAUUAAGGACAAAGAAUAUCUAGAAGGUUUAGUUGCGAGUCAAGUAAGAACAGAAGAGAUCAACUUACGCCGCGAACGAGAUAUUCGACUAUAUGCUCAUGAGCGGACAAGCCGAUCAGUUUCGCAAUGCUGUCGGAUAGGUUGGUGGUGAGUUGUGUAGUUGUCCUGAGUUAAUUAGUAUACCUUUUAUCUUUCAAGCUACCUCUUGCCAACCCGAAGCCUCCGUAGCGCAAUUUGUAUCAUAUACUUGGAAUAGACUCUGCAUAAUCGUCACUGUAAGAGAAAAAUGUCCUUGCACUUACAACUUUGCAAAAACUCCAUUGAAAGCAGCGCAAGCACCACUGGCAACCGCAAAGAACAUCCAUUGCGACCGCAGGCUCCAAUUACUCGGUGACGGCAUCUCGGAGGAUGGUUGUUUCUUUAAAGGUGAAGAAGAAAGUCCAGCGUCUGGCUUCUGACGUUUACGGAGCAUGGUCGUCGGAGUCUUCGGAGUUCUUAGGUUGGUGAGAAUGAAGGGCCCCUGAUGAUGAUGAUGGAUUGAC